AUGUCAUUGAGUGAUCAACAACAGCGAUCUCACGGUUACUAUAUAGCAAAUCGGGAUACAGUUGACGUCAAAUAUAUUUGUCCAUUAUGUCGACUACUUAUUCGAGAACCAGUGCAAAUCUUAAGUUGUGGAGAUAGAACAUGUCAAAAUUGUCUUAAUUCAAAUAUUGGGCAAACAGAGUUCCGAUGUCCUUCAUGUAAGAAAGUCGCAACAAAAUCCGAUGUUAUCAUUGAUCGUGGUUUCAAGCGAGAUAUAGAACAAUUAACUGUCAUUUGUUAUAGAAAAAUUCAAGGAUGUCAAUGGUCAGGAAGAUUAAAAGAUUAUCAGACUCAUAUUGAUCAAUCUCAUUCAAAUUUGAUAUGUGAUUAUCGUAAGGAAAGAUUUUCCGAUAUAGUGACGCUGAAUGAACACAAAUUAGAACACUGUGAAAAAGCAUCUGUUGAGUGUCCAUUAUCAAAAUACGGUUGUUGUUCGACCAAUAUUAUUCAGUCUGAGUUUGGUGAACAUUUAUUAAGUGAACAACACCAGUCAACACUACUGAAGACACUAAAACUAAGUGAAACAUUUUCGAACAGAAGUGGUUUAAUAAUGGAAUUGGAGCCUCAUAUAUCGGGCACCGAACUUUAUAUAGACUUACAAAAAUAUUAUCAAACACUCAAUAUAUUUAACCAGGGCGUUCAAACGCUGACGGUUGAUUCAGUACGAUUAAGUGAAGAAUCGAUUAGAAAUACUAAUUUAAUACAAACAGCUGAGAAGGAACUCAGUCAAGUAAAACAAGCAAUUGAAGAAAAAAACUAUGUACUAAGCGGUUUACGACCGCAAGAAGAAAUUCUUCAUCAAGAUAUUACUUCAAUGAAUUUAGUCAUUGAAGAUAUGAAAGUAUUAUCAAAGGACGGUACCCUCAUUUGGAGAAUUGACUGUAUUAGUGAGAAAAUGACAGAUGCCCAAUCUGGAAGGCAGGCAUCUAUAUACUCUCCUCCCUUUUACAGUUCACCUACGGGAUAUAAAAUGAGAGCCAGGCUCUAUUUAAACGGAGAUGGAAACGCUAGACAUACCCACAUGUCUUUAUUUUUCCUUCUAAUGCGAGGCGAAUAUGAUUCCAUUCUAUGCUGGCCAUUUAAUUAUAAGGUGACAUUUUGUCUCUUUGAUCAAACGCAACAAAAUCGUCAUGUUAUCGAUUCAUUUCGGCCCGAUACGAAAUCGAACAGUUUCCAACAGCCUGGUUCAGAAAUGAAUAUAGCCAGCGGUAUUCCAAAGUUUUUUCCUCUAUCAAUGAUAAUGCAGGACAAUAAUCCAUAUGUUAGAGAUGAUACAAUGUUCAUCAAAAUCAUUGUCGAUUUAUGUGAGACAUCAAAGCUUAUGUUACCAUUCUCUCUUAGUCUCAAUCCAGGUCUUCCACUUCAUGUCCAGCAAGCUUUAAUUAAACAAGAACUACAGAGAAGAGAACAACAGCAACCAGCACAAGCUGCUACUCCUUCGGAAGUUCUUCCAACGAGCUGUAGUUGA